AUGCCAGACGUCUUCAUACAAAAUGAAGGACUGAGUAACAUGGUUAAGAACUUGAGAUCCGAAAAUGCUGACUUGAGAAAUUCAGUCAUAAAACUCAAUGAGGAACUGAGGAAGACCAAAAAUGAGAGGGAUUAUCACGUAAUCAAACAUCGACAAAUUCUUCAAGAUAAGGAUAAGCUACACUCAGACAUUAGGAAAGUGAAAGAACACUAUGCUGAAUAUGAGCCCAUUUUAAGGCUGUUACGACAAAAGUAUGAAACUGCAAUGAAAGAGAAGACAUUGCAUCGAAUUGAACGUGAUAAAGCAAUGAAUCAAGUUGAAGGAUUAAGGAAUGCAUUAACCUCACUACAAAAUCUUGGUAUCGCAACAAAUGAUCCAAAUGAUAUUGGUUAUGUUAUGGCUGACAAUUACAAUACAGACAAUAAUAUCAAUAAACAGGGGAAAACACAAUCCAGUAUGAAAACUUUAUUCACGUCUGAUGGAUUAGUUUACUGCAAUAAACUAGCCAAAAAUUCAAAAAGGGGAAGAAUUUGUGAUUUACCAGCAGAUCGUAAAGUGAAUCCAUUACUGGCGAAACUUGCAAAUCGUCCAUAUAAAUUUACUCGUUUAGAUAAUAGAAAAUUAGAAAUGAGUAUUUAUGCUCAUGAAGCUACAAUAAGCAAAUUGGCUAUUCAUCCGAUCAAAUCAUGGUUAUGCUCAAUUAGUGACGAUAAAUCAUGGAAAUUAUGGAAAAUUCCAAAACUGGACUGUUUAAUGGAGUAUAAACUAACAACAGAUUGGAUAUCAUCGGUUGAUUUUCAUCCUACUGAUGAAAUUCUAGCCACAGGGAAUGGUAAAGGCAGUAUUCAGAUUUGGAAAAUUCAACUUGGAGAAGAGGAAUCCAGCCAAAACAACACUAAACGAAUCGGCCUGCUAAGACAACAUGCAGGUGCUGUGUGGUCAAUCAAUUGGCAUUGGUGUGGCAAUUAUUUAGCCAGUUGUGGUAUGGAUAAUACAAUACGUCUGUGGAAUGUUGAAUAUGCUACACUGGCGUAUGCAACAAUGAAUAAAGGUUUGAUGAAUUCAUAUUCUUGUGGAUCAUGUUGUACAAUCUUAAGAGGACAUAGUAAAUCUGUGAAUUCAGUACAAUUUGUACCAUAUGGAAAUAUAUUGGUCACAGGUUCAUCUGAUAGAACAGUCUCCUUAUGGGAUGGCCGUACGGGUCUAUGUGAACAUACAUUUCUUGGACAUACCCAUUCAAUCAAUCAUGCUAUAUUCAAUCAACAAGGUACUUAUGUUAUAUCAUGUGAUACUGGUGGCUUUAUACGACUUUGGGAUUUAAGAAAGUUGAAUAAUUUCACCUUCGGUAUAAAUUUACCUUCAGUAACAAAAGGCACACAACUAUCUACCACCGCUAAUACUACUACUAAUAAUAAUACCCAUAAUAGUAAUAAUAGUAUCAAUGAGGACGAGACGAAAACAUUGCCAACUUUAUUCGAUUUGAAUAAAUGCAGUAGAAAGCCAGAUCAAUCACGUCGUCAUCGUCAUAACCGUACACAAAUUCCAGGGAAACAACAACAUUCUGAACAUCAACCGCAUAGUGAUCAACAAUAUCAGCACCGGCAACAGUCGAAUAAAGUUGGAGUGAAUCAGUUGGUUGUUGACUUGAGUGGUGAAUAUAUUUUGGCAGCCUGCGAUGAUUCAAAGAUUUAUUGUAUAGAAAUAUCGACUAGUCAGAUAUCAACUUUACAAGGUCAUGAAGAUUCAGUACAAUCAAUUGUAUUAGAUUAUGAAACAAAUUUCUUGUAUUCAGCGUCAAAUGAUCAAAAAAUAUGCUCCUGGGUGUAA